UUCCUGCACAAACAGGGCAGAACGUGCCUCAGUGCUGUGCGACGCGGUUGGAUUUGCUCCUGUUAUCCUGUCAAGAUGUCUGACAUGGAAGAUGAUUUCAUGUGCGACGAUGAAGAGGAUUAUGAUCUGGAAUAUUCAGAGGACAGCAACUCAGAGCCCAAUGUGGACUUGGAAAAUCAAUACUACAACUCUAAAGCCUUAAAGGAGGAUGAUCCCAAAGCAGCCCUCAGCAGCUUUCAGAAGGUGUUGGAGCUGGAGGGGGAAAAGGGAGAAUGGGGAUUCAAAGCGCUGAAACAGAUGAUCAAAAUCAACUUUAAGUUGACUAACUUUCCAGAGAUGAUGAACAGAUACAAGCAGUUAUUGAUGUACAUACGGAGUGCUGUUACCAGGAACUACUCUGAGAAAUCUAUCAACUCUAUUCUUGACUACAUCUCCACCUCCAAACAGAUGGAUCUACUACAGGAGUUCUAUGAAACAACUCUCGAUGCUUUGAAAGAUGCCAAAAAUGACAGACUAUGGUUUAAAACAAAUACAAAGCUGGGAAAGCUGUACCUGGAGCGGGAAGAGUUUGGAAAGCUACAGAAAAUCCUCAGACAGCUGCACCAGUCAUGCCAAACAGAUGACGGGGAAGAUGACCUCAAGAAAGGCACCCAGCUGUUAGAGAUCUAUGCCCUGGAAAUCCAGAUGUACACGGCUCAGAAGAACAACAAGAAGCUGAAGGCCCUUUACGAGCAGUCCCUCCACAUAAAGUCUGCCAUCCCUCAUCCUCUCAUCAUGGGCGUCAUCAGAGAGUGUGGAGGGAAGAUGCACCUGAGAGAGGGGGAGUUUGAGAAGGCUCACACAGACUUCUUCGAGUCCUUUAAGAACUACGACGAGUCAGGCAGUCCCAGGCGGACCACGUGUUUGAAAUACCUGGUUUUAGCAAACAUGCUGAUGAAGUCGGGCAUUAAUCCGUUCGACUCUCAGGAGGCCAAACCAUACAAAAACGAUCCAGAAAUCCUUGCCAUGACAAACUUAGUAAGCGCCUACCAGAAUAAUGACAUCACUGAAUUUGAGAAGAUUCUGAAAACCAAUCACAGUAGCAUCAUGGAUGACCCUUUCAUCAGAGAGCACAUAGAGGAGCUCCUGCGUAACAUUAGAACUCAAGUGCUUAUUAAGCUCAUUAAGCCUUAUACCAGAAUACACAUCCCAUUCAUCUCCAAGGAGUUAAAUAUUGACGUGUGUGAUGUGGAGAGUUUGCUGGUGCAAUGCAUUUUGGAUAACACAAUUCAUGGACGUAUUGACCAAGUCAACCAGCUACUGGAGUUGGAUUACCAGAAACGAGGAGGGGUGCGCUACACUGCCUUAGACAAAUGGACAAACCAGCUUAACUCACUCAACCAAGCCAUUGUUAGCAAACUCACAUGAUUUAUAUGUUCAAGUAAAAAAAAAAAAAAAACUGAAAAGAACUUCAACAAAGAAUGGCAUGUUUUAAUGCGUCUUUCUAUGAAACAUUGAAUGCAACUUGAUGGUUUGAGAGGAGCAGCACAUAAGUUUUGUGAGUUGCUACUGCGUGUUCCUCAAGCCCGUUGGUUAGUUUUUCACAGGGCUAUGUUCAUUUUGUAUUGCCUAAAUCGGAUUUAUGUACCUGUAGGAGCUGGUGAUGCACACAGUAUUUCAAGGGAUGCACAAAACUGUCAGUGUGUAUAAAUUCAUUAUGUGUCUCAUACAGCACUUGUGGUACUUGCAGCACUAAAAACACAUUAAAUGCUACUUGCCUCAA